GCUCCCGCGGCAACGCUGCGCUUGCGCACGCACCGACCGCGACGGGGGCGACACCUGCUUGUGUUGGGGAGGCGCUAAGAAUAGCAGGGCGCAGGCGCGGGGUGCGACGGAGGCGGGAGGGGGGGAUGCGGAGGAAGCGGGGGGCCUCGGGUUUGUUUGGGUUGUGGGCGGUCCGUGCACAGCCCGGGAAAAGUGGGAAAUGGCGGCGCCUAACGCGACAACCCGGCCCUCUGUGCAACAAAAGGGGACAAUGGCUGCCGACCGGAGGCGUAGGAUAAUAGGAGUAUGUGGCAUGCAUCCUGACCAUCAGGAAACUCUAAAAAGGAACCGAGUGGUGCUGGCCAAGCAGCUGUUGCUGAGCGAACUGUUGGAACAUCUCCUGGAGAAGGACAUCAUUACUUUGGAAAUGAGAGAACUGAUCCAGGCCAAAGUGGGCAGUUUCAGCCAGAAUGUGGAACUCCUCAACUUGUUGCCCAAGAGGGGUCCUGAGGCUUUUGAUGCUUUCUGUGUGGCACUGAGGGAGACCAAGCAGGGUCAUCUAGAGGAUCUGUUGCUUACAACCCUCUCUGGUCUUCAGCAUGUACUCCCACCGUUGAGCUGUGACUAUGACAUGAGUCUCUCUUUCCCAGUGUGUGAGUCCUGUUCUCCUCACAAGCAGCUCCGCCUGUCAACAGAUGUAGUGGAACACUCCCUAGAUAAUGGAGACGGUCCUCCCUGCCUCCAGGUGAAGCCUUGCACUGCCGAGUUUUAUCAAACACACCACCAGCAGGCCUAUAGGUUGCAGUCCCGGCCUCGAGGCCUAGCACUGGUUCUGAGCAAUGUGCACUUCACUGGAGAGAAAGACCUGGAAUUGCGCUCUGGAGGGGAGGUGGACCAGAGCACUCUAGUUGCUCUCUUCAAGCUUCUGGGCUAUGAAGUCCAUGUCCUGCAUGACCAGACUGCACAGGCAAUGCAAGAGAAACUCCAAAGUUUUGCACAGUUACCUGCACACCGGGUCACAGACUCAUGCAUUGUGGUGAUCCUCUCGCAUGGUGUGGAGGGCAGCGUCUACGGUGUGGAUGGCAAACUGCUGCAGCUCCAAAAGAUUUUUCGGCUUUUUGACAAUGCCAACUGCCCAAGUCUACAGAACAAGCCAAAGAUGUUCUUCAUCCAGGCCUGCCGUGGAGAUGAGACUGAUCGUGGGGUUGACCAGCUAGAUGGAAAAAACCACGCAAGUUCCCCUGGGUGUGAGGAGAGUGACGCUGGUAAAGAGGAGUUGCUGAAGAUGAGAUUGCCUACUCAGUCGGAUAUGAUAUGUGGCUAUGCCUGCCUGAAAGGAACUGCUGCCAUGCGAAACACCAAACGGGGCUCCUGGUACAUUGAGGCACUCGCUCAAGUGUUCUCUGAGAGGGCUUGUGACAUGCAUGUGGCCGACAUGCUAGUUAAGGUGAAUGCUCUUAUCAAGGAGCGUGAGGGCUAUGCCCCUGGCACAGAGUUCCACCGAUGCAAGGAGAUGUCAGAGUACUGUAGCACUCUGUGCCGACCACUCUAUAUGUUCCCAGGAUACUCUCCCACGUGAUGCCACCUCCCUGUCAUCCAUGCUGUUGGAGGGCCCUGGACUGCCAGAGGAUGCUAGAGCCUUUUCUCUUCAGGACACAUGGUUUCUGAUCUGCCCCCUCAGGGAUAUGGGACUUUUGCAGGUGUGUUUCCUGUGCCCAUCAUCUCCACCUUUGUGAAUGGGACUCUAGACCAGCACCAGCUCCUGUGUGAAGCUCUUACCGGCUGUGGCUGAACUCCUUGCCAGAAGUGUUUGAGCUGCGGUCAAAGAGUCUGGCAAGUGAUGUUUUGAACACAGUAUCAUCAUGGAGAGAGGACAUGGGGGUUUCCCCAGUAUCUGUUAUUUCUGCCCUCAGGGCUUUUGUAGGAAGCACUUUGGUUAUCACUUGUAUUACAUUAGUUGAGAUGUCUUGGAGAUCACCUCCUAUCUGUUCUCUCUUUCAUUUCCCUGGCCCCAUUGUCCCAGUGACAGUUUGGGAGGUGUCCCAAUUUAGUAUAGACAUUUCCGUUUGGCUUUGAAGAGGCAAGCAUGACUAAGAUAAUACCCUGCUGUCAUGAGCAAAAGUGCCUGUGAUUCCUUCAGGACUGCCAGCCCCCAGGGAAAGAACCUUUGCUCCUCCACCUUCAGCUCCUUUGGGAGCUCUUAGCAGAGCUAGGGUCUGCAUGCCUCGACCGGAAGUCUUAAAGGGCUUCCUUAGUCACUCCCUGAGCUUUUCCUGAAAGGAGACUUGUGGGGAGUGUUGGCAGAAGGCUAGGAAGGAGGACAUGCUCCUCACCCCUGACCUUUCUCCUUCCUGCAAGGUCUCCCUUUUUCCUUUUCUCACUUCCAUGCAGUCAGACUUUACCUUGUAUCUGGAUUUCUAGAAGAGCUUUCUAGGUGUUACCACCCUGCUUCAUGUCUCUCCCUUUUACCGUCAUUUUCAUCCUGUGCAUUUCUUCCACCAAGCCUGUCUGAAAUACUCCUGCACUGGGUCAUUUUUCCGCUCAAUAGUAUAAUGUACUACUUUGUUCCUACCUUCUGCUUCAGAAUCAGACUCUCCUUUGAUUUUAUGUGGUCGUAACUCCUCUAUUUCUGCUUCAGUGAACCUUUACUUAUUCUCAAAGGCAUUCUUGCCCCUUUUGGUCUAUGCUUUACAUAACAGUUUUUGGCUUUUAAAUAUAAAUGUCACUCUCCUGCUUGGAACUCUGGGCUUCCCUCUAUACCUAGUAUAAAAUACAAAAUCCUUGCCCUGGUUCGUGAGAUCUGGCUUUGCCUUCUCCUCCAAUCUGUUCCAGCCCUAAUAGCCUCUACUCAUACUUCUUUGACAUUUUGAGCUCUUCAUUCUUAUUGCACUUGGCUGGAGAAGCGUCUUAUUCUUUGUUUUGUGGAGCCUUUCCAGGCCAUUCUGACUAAAUAGUCUCCUCCCUUUAUUACUGCAUCCUGGUUAAUUCCUUCAUUGCACUUACGCGAUUUGUAACUACAUAUUUGUUUAUUUUACUUACUCAGUUUUUCUCCCCUACUAGGCUACAAGCUUUAAGAGGGCAGAAACCUGGCUCUCUUGCUAGUAUGUACCAGUACCUGACACUUACUGUUCCUCCAUAAAUGUUUGUUUAUAAAGGAAGGAAGCAGCCAACCGUAGGUAAACUCCUUUUUGAUAAAAUUUCCCAUUUGACAAUAUAUAGAGUUUAGUAUUUGUACUCAUGUUUUUCCAGGUGUUUUUGUUUUUAUCCACUGGUAUUUUGAGCUCCUUGAAGAGGUGUCACAUGUGAGCCAACUUCCAUCACAUCUCAUAGUGCCUAGCAAAGUGCUAGGCCUGUAGCAGUCAAGGUGCUUGAUAAACGUUUAUUCUGUGAGCCAGACGGUUUGAAGACUUGGUGUCAAAUCCUGCCUUUCGCUCAUAUAGGAUGUAUGUAUUUUAAUGAUACAACUUUCCCACUUAUCACUGCCAAGAUUUUUUGUAUCAGGUGCCAAAUAAAUGUUCAUAUUUGUUG